AUGGCACAUGCCAAGUUCUGGAACCUAUACCUGAGGGGGACCCAAGUAUUCAAAGCCACUCACUGUGAUCGUGCUUUAUACAAUGUAAUGGUGACAAGGCCAAUACAUAUUAUUCCAUACAGUUCUACACUUCAACACAUUUCUUUCCAUAUGCCCAUUAUGAAGGACCAACAUGGCCUCCACCAACCUCUCCUACCUACCAUCACCACCACCGCUACCACCACCACCACCACCACCACUUCUUCAUUAGAUGCCAAUGAAGCUUGUGACACUAAUCUUCUUCCUUUGUCAAAUUGCUCCAUUAUUAUACGUCUUCUCAUGGUCCUCUUCAUUGGGACUCUCUCAUUAUGGGCCAAUUUUGAAGCAUCCAAAGGCUUCGAAAUAACCAUAAUCAAUGAUGCUAAACACACUCCUGCUGGCCAAUACUUCACCCUCUUUUAUGUCUCCAAUGAUAAAGCCACACGCAUAGUCCUUAACACUAGUGAAUUCAUCGAAACCUUCUUUAUCAAUAACAACGAUCACUUCCCCAAGAAAGUUGUACACCAUGUCACUCUUCGUCUAGCUACCCACAACUUCACUCACAAGGUCACCAAUUACCAACUACAACAUGAUUAUGUUAUUAACAUAAACCCUUUGGUAUUCGAAGAUUACGAUGUGAACUAUGCCAUGGUAUUGUCGGUCCAACGUAGCAUGGCAUGUAUAUGGCUAUACGACGGCGAGUCUAGUGCUCCACCAACACUUUUAGAUGGCUUGGUCGAGUAUAUCACCAUGGUUGCUGGCUUUGUUAAUGUUAAAGAUUAUGACAAAGUUUAUAAGUUGCCGGAACUUUGUGACCAGAAAUGGUGGGGGGAUAAGGACCCUAGGGUUGUGGCACAUUUGUUGGGUUAUUUUGAAGAGCAACAAAAGGGGUUCAUCCAACGGCUGAAUCAAGCCAUGAAAGAUAGGUGGGAAGAUCGGAUGGUGGAGGAUACACUAGGGAUGCCAGCUCAGCAUUUAUGUGGUUCAUCAUAUAAUUCUUCAAAAAAUAACCAGCUCUCAAAUUUUAUUGGAUUCUAGUUUGACUGAAGUUACUGAAGCGUGAACUUUUACUUCAACUUGAGGUAUCACAUUUCUCUGCCAAAGGU